AUGAUCUAUUUUGAUAAUGUGGCAGCUAUUGAUUUUUAUUAUUUAGACACUAACCUCAUUAGAGUUGAGCUGAGAAGGUGUAAAUGCGGUAACACUUUCAAUUCUUUCCACAGACAGUACUACUGGUAUGAUGAGCGGGGAAAGAAGAUCAAGUGCACUGCUCCUCAGUAUGUUGACUUCGUCAUGAGUUCAGUGCAGAAGCUAGUGACAGAUGAGGACGUCUUUCCAACAAAAUACGGCAAAGAAUUCCCAAACUCAUUUGAGUCCUUAGUGAAAAAGAUCUGCAAGUACCUGUUCCAUGUGCUGGCCCAUAUCUACUCCUCACACUUUAAGGAGACUUUGGCACUGGAGCUGCACGGACAUUUAAACACACUCUACACACACUUUAUCCUAUUCAUCAGGGAAUUCAACCUGGUGGACCCUAAAGAGACCACCAUCAUGGACGACCUCACGGAGGUCCUCUGCAGCAGCAGCGGGAGUAGCAGUAACGGGAGCGGCAAUGGGAGCAGCAACAGCGCAGGAGCACAGAACCACGUGAAAGAGAGAUGAGCCUUCCUACAGGAUCAAAACUAACAUUAAAGACAAUAUUAUAUAUUUUGUAUGUAUAUGUUCAGAUAUACAUACAGGCAUACACAACAAUGAAAGCUGAAAGAAAUUAUGCUGCCACCACAGGACGUGUAGUCAUAUGGGACUGUACGGAGCUUUGGUUUAAUGCCAGCUGGCGAGAAGUUGCACCAAUCUUAUUUUAUUUUCUGUCCACUCCUUCUACCUGUUCAGAUGGAUGAUGAGUGCUGUUUUUAGAGAAGAGCCAAGCUUGAGAGUGGGGCCACUCUUACUUUUGUUUUGUUUUUGUUUUGGUUUUUCUUUCUUUGGUCUUGAGUGCAAGCCCUCUGUCUUUCCAGGAUGGUGGUCCUGGCAUUUUAAAAAUAUCUAUUAUAUUAUAAGAAGUGACUUUUACUUUGAAGUGGCUUAAAAAUGCAGAUUUGUUUGUUUGUUUUUGGGGGCGGGGGGUUGUUUUUUUUGGUUUGGUUUUACAUAGACUGCCCCUCCCCAUGCCAAAAACUCCUCAGUCAAGUGCAUCUUGCCCUUUGCUAGCUUGGAAUGGGAAGAAACUCCUGGCUUGACUAGAGUAGCAGCUAUUGGGUUGCUACAGGUUGAGAGUGGGUGUGAUCCUCCAGUUGUCCCCUCUACCUGGCCACAACCCGUGAACAUGCAAGAUGAUCCACAAGCCUUUCUGCUUAUUGCUCCUACAACAUAUAUACUCUCCUCUCUGCUUCCCCCUGUCCUGCCUCCUGUUCCUGCAGGCACAUACCUCUGU